AAAAGUAGGCAUGAACCACUGAAAGGAUCUUCAUAGUAAACUCUUCAUCUGUAAAUGGAAGUCUGAAUCUUGAGACUGAUUAGCAUAGAUCCAGCAAUGGCCCAAGAUUUGUGAAGUAGGACCCAAAGGAGCACCGAUGCUUGUCAGUGUAAGCAGUGGAAAAGGGACAACUACCAUGGUAACACUAAUAACAGAAAAGCUACAGAACCAGAGCUUGGAUGAUCUCACUUGUAAAACCUACAAUAUUAACCUGUACUCAUCUGAGGAGCUGAACAAAAGUGGCAGCUUGUUCCCUUUCGAAAUCAAUGUAGAAGAAAACCCUUGGAAGGUGUUGAAUGGAGGAUGUCCAAUUCGAACUGAAGUGACCAAGGUUUCAGCUUUCCCUUUCUCAUCAUGCCCAUUUAGUUCAGCAAACAUGUGUCUCCAGUGGCAGCAAGAAUCUCCCAGCCCAUCGAUGGUGUCGGGAUGGAUCAGUGAACUCAACCUGAAUGAAAACUCUGGGCAGCCUCUGGCCCCACCUCCCAAACGACACUGUCGAUCCCUGUCAGAGCCCGAUGAGCUGGCUCGCUGCCGGUCCCCAUGGAAACCUGGCAGUUCCAAGGUCUGGACUCCCGUUUCCAAGAGACGAUGCAACAGCGGCGGCAGUGCCACCUUGCAGCGCUGCAACAGUAGCGGCAGUGCCACCCUGCAGAGAAGUACCAGCAUCAGCCUGCCCCAGAGUGUCCUGCCGCUCCAGAAUGUGUUCCCUGUUACUGGCUUCCACACAUCUCCGGUGCCCAGGCCUUCCUCCGCCAGCAGUGGCUUUGUGGACAGCAGUGAGGGCAGCACCAGCUCAAGCAUCCGCUGGAAUUCUGCUGGACCUUGUGAUUUUAACCCCAGGCGUCGCCUCUCUCUCUCUCAGGAGCACAUUCCCGAGGCGGGGAACCUCUUGCCUUCAGCUAAUAGCACUCCCACGUCUACGCCAGAGCUUAGCCGGCGCCAAGGCUUGUUGAGAUGCCGCUCACAGCCUUGUGUACUGAAUGAAAAGAAAAGCCGACUAAAGCGAAGACGAGAAGAAGAUGUGCGAUGGAAUCGUCCAUCUUUAGACUUUUUAAAAAUGACACGGACUCUAAAAAAUUCAAAAAGUCUUUGCUCCCUUGAUUAUGAAGAUGAUGAUGAAGAUGAUACCCAAAUGAAGACAAUUGUGUCCUCCCCAUGUGACUCCAAUGACCUCAUGAGCAUCAUCACCCCUGGUUCCAGUCCAGUGAAAGAGCAGCAGCUGGAUGAAGUUAGACAUCAUGGACCAUGCCAAAUUGGCUUCAGCACAAGGGAUUGUACGAAAGCAGCUGCAGGAUGUGAAAGCGAUGAGGAAGCCCCAAGUGAUUGUGAGAGCACUGAAGAGGGCAUAUUUCCUUUGGACUGUGGAGACCUAGAUCUGGAGCAGAUCGAAAACAACUGAGUCCUAGUUAGAAUCAGUGAGGUUGCCUCAAUUUCCAAUGAUAGUGGAUUACCUUUGCCAGGAGUAAUCCAUAUCCCUGAAUGUCUAUAGUGGCCAUUCAGGGCCUGUGUUUAAAAAAAAAAAACACAAAAAACAAAAACCAAAAAAAGACAAAAAAAAGGACAAACAUUCAGGUGGGGGGAAUGGGAAACGAAGUGAUAUCACCUGUUUAUAGUCUGUUAAUCAGUAUAUGGACAGAAAAAAAAUAGGUUAAAUGUUAUUUUGGACAUUAAGGAGUAAUUUUGAUUAAAAAUUUCCUAACAAAAGUAUUUUGCAUUUUUAUGGCUUUUACAAGUUCUGGAGAAAGCUUAUCUAUUUUGAGAUGAAUUUUCUGAAGGGCAUUUUAUUAAAGUAAAUCUGCCUACAGUGA